AUGGCCGUCCUCAGCGUCCUGCUCGGCAGCUUGGCUGCGGCCAGCGUCGCUGCCGGCGCACCUGCUUCAUCGGCUUCAUCGGCUUCAUCGGCCUCGUCAGAGACGCUCCACUAUGGCAGCCACCACCGCAGCGGAAACCACGUGCUGGUGUCCCGUGCACCGGCGGUCGCUCUUGCCGAACACACGCUACCGCUCGUGCGCCAUAUCCCGGGCGCACAGGGAAGGCGCGCCCGGCCACGGCCAUGGCACAACCCCGAUCGGGCGGUCUGGCCACUGCACGCGACAUGGCACGAGGCAGUCGCGGCCGGAGGCAGUCCUAGCGGGUCGAACGGGUCGAACGCGACAAACGGCACAUCCACAUCCACAUCCACCAGCUCCAGCUCGUCCACGCCCCCCGCCGCCAUCAGCAGCGGCCUCGCCCCCUCGGCCAACCACGACAUCGAGUACCUCACCAGCGUGGUCGCGGGCACCAACAACCUGUCGCUCGUCGUCGACACGGGCAGCAGCGACACGUGGUUUGUGCGGCAGGGGUUCUCGUGCAUCGACCCGCAGUACCACGAGCCGACGCUGGUGGCGGCGUGCCGGUUUGGCCCCGAGUUCCAGGGCGACUUCCCGGGCGGCGCGAUUGCCAACCAGCACCUGAGCGUGGCGUACGGGUCGGCCAACGGGCCGUUUAUGCAGGGCGUGCUGGGCUACGCGGACCUGACGGUGGCCGGGCUGACGACGCGCAACCAGACGAUUGGGCUGGGCACGCGCGGCUUCUGGGACGGCGACGGCAUCUCGAGCGGGCUGCUGGGGCUGGGGCUGCCGGGCCUGACGAACGCGCUGCCGGGCGCCGUGAGCACGUCGCGCGCGGGCGACCUGGCGGACCAGCUGCGCACGCCCGUCGAGUACAGCCCGCUGGUGGCGACGAUGGCGAGCAGCAGCAGCAACAACGUGACGCAGUUCAGCCUGGCGCUGUCGCGCGACCCGCAGCAGUCGUUCCUGGCCUUUGGCGGGGCGCCCGCGCACAUCGCCGUCGACCCGGCGCUCGGCUGGGUCGCCACGCCCAUUGUCAAGACGGUGAUGCGCAGCGUCAGCGCCAGCGGCAGCGCCAGCCUGCAGGCGCGCUACAUGUACUACACCAUCAGCAUCGAGUCGCUCCAGUACAACAGCAGCCUCCUGCGGCGGAGCACCCUCACCAUGGACCAGCAGCCGCUGCGCGACGUGCCCAUCAUCGUCGACAGCGGCACCACGCUUAACCUCUUCUCGUACGACGUCGCCCUCGCCAUCAACCAGCUCUACACGCCGCGCGCCCAGUUCGACCCGGACCAGGGCGCCUGGAUCGUGCGCUGCGACGCCACGCCGCCCAGCCUCGGCGUCCAGAUUGGCGACAAGACCAUCUGGACCGACCCCAAGAGCAUGAUCCUGCCGCCGCCGCCCGGCGCGGGCGUGGGCGAGAACCUGUGCCUGUCGGGCGUGGGCGCGCGCAGCGAGCUGCCGUACAUCUUGGGGGACACGUUUAUGCAGCAGCUCGUCGCCGUCUUUGACGUGGCCAACAAGGAGAUCAAGUUUGCCAAGCGGCUGGGCACGACGGCCGCGGCCGCUCCCAAGUCGGCAUCGACGUAG